GCCCCUCGCUCCGCCUGCCCGCCUUCGGCCGCGCCGCUCCAUGCCGUGGCGCUUUAGCGUCUCGGUGGGCCGCCUCCUCCUCGUCAGCAGCAGCGCCCGUUUUGUGGCCGCCCUCCUGCCCCGCGCCUCGCUUCACGCCGCCCGCUCAUCCUCCUCCGCCGCCGCGGCCUCCAGCACCCGGCCCCUCUCUCGCCGCCCGACCCCGCCGCAUCCCGGCCCCGGCAUCGUCUCCAGCAUGGACGGACCCGUCGCCGAAGCGCUCCUGGCGCCGCUCAGGCAGGCGGUGCGGCAGCAGGGAGAGUUUGUUCGGAAGUUGAAGGAUGACAAGGCUCCACAGAUGGACGUGGACAAGGCCGUGGCCGAGCUCAAAGCUCGGAAGAGACUCCUAGAAGCCAAGGAGCUGGCUCUGCAGCCUAAGGAUGACCUUGUGGACAGGCUUAAAAUGGAAGACGCCUUGAAGCGGAGGUUUUUCUACGACCAAGCCUUUUCUAUUUAUGGAGGGGUGAGUGGCCUGUAUGACUUUGGCCCCGUGGGUUGUGCUUUGAAGAACAACCUAAUACAAGCCUGGAGGCAGCACUUCAUCCAGGAGGAGCAGAUUUUUGAGAUAGAUUGCACCAUGCUGACGCCUGAAGCUGUUCUGAAGACCUCUGGGCACGUGGACAAAUUUGCAGACUUCAUGGUGAAAGAUGUAAAAAGUGGAGAAUGCUUCCGAGCUGAUCACCUCCUGAAGGCCCAUUUACAGAAGGUGAUGUCAGACAAGAAGGGCGCAGCGGAAAAAAAGAUGGAAAUGGAGAAGGUGAUCACGCAGCUGGACAACUACAAUCAGGAACAGCUUGCGGAUCUGUUUGUCAAUUACAAUGUGAAGUCCCCCCUAACUGGAAAUGACCUGACUGCUCCGGUGUCUUUCAAUCUCAUGUUCAAGACCUCUAUUGGCCCAGGAGGAAACAUGGCUGGAUAUUUGAGGCCAGAAACCGCCCAGGGAAUCUUUCUGAACUUCAAACGUCUUUUGGAAUUCAACCAAGGCAAACUGCCUUUUGCUGCUGCUCAGAUUGGCAAUUCUUUCCGGAACGAAAUCUCUCCUCGCUCAGGUCUCAUCAGGGUCAGGGAAUUCACAAUGGCAGAAAUUGAACAUUUUGUGGACCCCAGGGAAAAAUGUCAUCCUAAAUUUCAAAAUGUAGCCGACCUCCGCAUCCUCUUGUAUUCUUCCAAAGCCCAGACCAGCGGGGAACCAGCCCGUGUCAUGUGUUUGGGGGAUGCUGUUGAGCAGGGUGUGAUCAACAAUUCCGUCCUGGGCUACUUCAUUGGCCGGAUCUACCUCUACCUCAUCAAAGUUGGCAUCUCUCCAGAGAAGCUUCGUUUCCGGCAGCACAUGGAGAAUGAGAUGGCUCAUUACGCCUGUGACUGCUGGGAUGCGGAGACCAAAACCUCCUACGGCUGGAUCGAAAUUGUUGGCUGCGCUGAUCGCUCCUGCUACGACCUCUCCUGCCACGCCAGAGCCACCAAAGUCCCUCUCGUUGCUGAGAAGCUUUUGAAGGAGCCAAGAAUCGCCAACGUUGUUCAGUUUGAAGCCAACAAGGGAGUCAUAGGGAAGGCGUACAAGAAGGAUGCUAAGCUGGUGCUGGAGUAUCUCGCCAUCUGUGACGAGUGUUACAUCAGUGAGAUGGAGACGCAGCUGAACGAAAAAGGGGAAUUUACGAUUGAGACAGAAGGGAAAACCUUUCAGGUAACAAAGGACAUGGUUGGCGUGAAAAGAUUCCAGAAAACCUUGCAUGUGGAAGAGAUUGUCCCCAAUGUGAUUGAACCUUCAUUUGGGCUUGGAAGAAUCAUGUAUUCGAUAUUUGAGCAUACAUUCCGCAUCAGAGAGGGAGAUGAACAGCGAACGUACUUCAGCUUUCCUGCUGUGGUGGCUCCUUUCAAAUGCUCAGUUCUCCCUUUAAGUCAGAACCAGGAAUUCAUUCCGUUUGUGAAGGAACUCUCUGAAGCUCUGACCAGGAAUGGGGUCUCCCACAAAGUGGAUGAUUCUUCUGGAUCCAUCGGUCGGCGGUAUGCGAGGACGGAUGAAAUCGGGGUGGCGUUCGGGAUCACAGUUGACUUUGACACCGUCAACAAGACCCCCCACACAGCUACCUUAAGAGAUCGCGACUCCAUGCGGCAGAUACGGGCUGAGAUCUCAAAGCUGCCAGUCCUGGUGGGCGACCUGGCCAAUGGCAACAUAACUUGGGCUGACGUGGAGGCCAGGUACCCUCCCUUCGAGGGUCAAGAGACAGGGAGAAAGGACGCGAUGGAGGGCUGAAGCUAAUGCCGGGAAGGAAACCUCCUCAUGAAGUCCACUUUUAAUUGUCUGCGUAAUAGAGGUUUUAUGAUGUGUAUUAUUUGACAUGGCUUUGUCCGCACACCUAGGCCCCCCUGGUUAUCCAGUCCCUGGUCUCUGCCUGAUUUUAACUCCCAUCUCCAAUAGCCCCAAUUAAAAUGGCUUAAGACAUGCCAGGUUCUCUAACGUCAAGUCUCUUCUGUGUAAAAGAGGCCACCAGUUUGUUCUAGUGCAGGGGUCUCCAAGGUUGGCCACUUGUGGACUGCAGCUCCCAGAAUUCCUCAGUUAGCAGGAGAAUUAUGGGAGUUGAGUUUCGUCUUAAAGCCGUCAGGUUUGGAGACCCCUGGUCUAGUGCUUAAGACACCAAGGUAGAAUCAAGACUUCACGUCCCAUCCUAGCCAUGAAAGCCGGGUGGGCUGACCUUGGGCCAGUCACUGUCUCAGCUUAACUCGCCUCACAGGGUGGUUGUUGUGGGGAAAAUAAGAGGAAGGUAUGUUGGGUAUGUUUGCCACCUUAUUUGUUAAAAAAAAAUUAAGGGAUAAAAAAUAAAUAGCUGCCAGACAGGGAGGGGGUGCCGGUCUAUUUCUGUUGUUUAGCAUUGGCUGUAAAUAAACAUGUUUGACUUACGGUUACCUCAGACGCCUCCCACCUGGUUCUUUCCGAGAAUCUAACAAUUCAUAGUCCAAAACAAACCUGGAGCACUAAAUAUGAAGUCUCUUUAGCUUCUGAAAUGUUUUUGAAACCUCCUAGAAUGUAUGAAUAUUUUAAAGAAAGAUAAAACUUUGAAGAACGGAUUGCUGAAAAACACAAUAUAAUCCUUGCAUUUAGAGACCUGGUAAUUCACUUCAGGCAGUCAGAAUAGAAUAGCUGUCUGCAAUCUGGUGCCCUCUAGGGGUAUUAAACACUAUAUUAAUUCCCGAAUUAACUCCUUAACUCCUUAGUUCCUGGGAUGAUGUCAAAGAUUGACUGAGAUUUAUGGGAAUUUAGGGCUAGCACAGUUGGAGGCCAAGCAAAAACUGUGGUGGGUAAGCCAGUAUAUUUCACAAGAUUUUUUUUUUCAUUCAUAGCAAUUUCCCAAGGCAUUGCUUCAUCAAAAGAACAUCAAAAGAACAGCCGGCAUUUCUGGAGAAUUCUCAAGUACGAAGAGACAUCCCAAAAUAUUUUGAGCCACCCGAAUUUAAACACAUAGGAGAUAUAAUUUUCUGCUGAAUUUUGGACCAAGGUAUGUUCAUUCUAAUUUAAAAGGAAUUGGAAAAAAAAAUACAAUAACCAAGGAAUGAAUGGAAGAAUAAUAUAACACUUUCCAUCAUUGUCAAACAUUUAAUUAUAUUCACGUGUUCCCUUGAAGGAAGAUAUGUCUGUUCUGCUGCUUUUUAUACACAUUUCAAUUUCAAUAUGUUAAAGGUUUCUCUCUUUUUAAAUCAUUUCCUACAUUUCCGAUGUUGAAACUUCAGCAUUAAUGUUUAUAUAUCCAAAAUGUCCUUAUUUUAAAAAGCCAAAUGACAUGGUCUCAAAAUAUGAAAUGAUUACUGACUAAUAAUUACCAUAUGGCCAUUAGGAAGUAGAAUAACCUACAAAGACCUCAACAAGUAUUUUGUAAUGCAGAUGCAAGGAUUAGAGAUUAAAAAGUAUUACUCAA